AACCAUACUGACACGGAAUGAACACUCUCAAAAUUGUAGGUCUGCUCUGCUGUUCAGCUUUUCUGGUCCGGUCCGCGCAUAUUCCAGAUAAGUCAAUGGACGCAAGGAGUUUGGUCGAAAAAAUAUUAGGCAACAUCCCUGUUGUUCACGAGUCUAGUGUCAAAAUCAUGGGCCUGACCCUUGACCCGUCCAGCCAGUCUAGGAACAUGCCGUACCAGUCCAUGGUGACCUCCCUGGGCAUCCCCGCAGCACCAGAACUAAGGACUGUCUGCAGACCCCUAAACCAAAUCGAUUUCACCCUGGAGGUGUGUCUGAGCAGUAUGUCUGCAGGGCUGCAGCUGUAUCAGGAUGUGCUGGGUGAGCUGAAGGAACGUGUGACCACUGACAAGGUGACAGGACUCCUGGCUGAUAUCAGAGACCUGCUGGCCCAGGUCAACAAGAUGCAGGAUCCUGGCCAGAUGAGCAGUGUGGCCCAGUACGAGGCCUCGGGACUGGCCUCACGCCUCCCAGGGGACUAUGAGGUUCAGGUUGCAACUCACUUUACCCUGCUGCAGCUCCGUGACUUCACACAGAACCUAAAACGCAGCCUGCGCAACGUCGAACACCUGACUUCCAGGCAAGGACAGAGGGGCUGAACUGUACAGCAGCAGCAACACCUGUGCAGACAUGGAUGGGGGACCGGAGGGGUGUCGUUCGUGCCAGAAGCCCAUCAAUUGGGACAAUAGCAACUGGUCAAGGACUGAGUGCCUGCUUUUUUUCAUCUCUUUCUCCCCAUGAGGGUUUUGUUCUUAGCUUGUUCUGCCACUCAUCAACACCUCUGAUUGCUU